GCCCCUCGCCACUUCCACAGCUCCGGUGCCACCCAAAGCCACCUUCGGUUCUCUCGCGUCUCUUCUCAGAGCCUCCACCGCCAACCACUCACCAUGCCUAUCGUCGACUCUGGAAGCGUUGGGGCCCUCUCUGCCUCUGAGAAGGCUGCGGUCGCUGGCAGCUGGAAGGCAGUCUACGCCAACUACGAGGCUGCGGGCAAGGCCGUUCUCAUCAAGUUCUUCACGUCCAACCCCGGCGUGCAGGACUUCUUCCCCAAGUUCAAGGGGCUCGACUCGGCCGACAAGCUGAGCAAGUCUCCCGCCGUGCGCUGGCACGCCGAAAGGAUCAUCAACGCCGUCAACGACUCCGUGGUGGCCCUGGACGACCCCGAGAAGCAGAGCCUGAAGCUCAAGGCCCUGAGCCAGAAGCACGCCUACGAGUUCCACGUUGACUCCCAGUACUUCAAGGUGCUGUCUGCCACCAUCCUGGAGCAAGUGGACGAUGCCAACGGUGGCCUGUCAGCCGAGGGCAAGUCCGGCUGGGAGAAGCUUCUGAGCAGCAUCUGCAUCCAUCUCAAGUCUGCCUAUUAACUCCGCUCCCUUGCCAUUAAGUCGAAGAGUGUGCGCCCGCAGUUUGUGCUAAGCAAAUAAUCCCCUUGCGCUUAUUGACUGCGGUUUGAUACAACCUUUUUGAAAAUUGUCAGAAAGUUGCGUGCUCGAAUAGGAUGGUUUUCGUGAUGCUGCCCAACACUGGACAUGCCAAUCAAAUGUAAAUCAUCGCAAAAAUGCUGCUAUGAAUACAAUAAAAAAUAAUAUGCAACUGA